CUCCUCCUCUUCCACUUCCUCCAUGGCGAUGGCGACCAUCCACUUGCCAGGCUGAGCCCCCAAACCAAGAACACCAAGACGGAUAGCGAGAAGCGGGAUUACAGAAGAGGAGGAGUGCUACAAGACAGUCCAGGAUCCAAGAAGUGGUGUGGUGUGGCUAUGGAGAAGCUGUUCGAGGAGCUUGCGAGCGAGGCGGUGAAGGAGCUGCUGCGGGCGGUGAGGGGCACCUUCUUCUGCAGGUCCACGGCCGAGCGGCUGCGCCGGAACGUGGAGCCGCUGCUGCCGCUGGUACAGCACCAGCACCACCAUGGUGGGGGCGGGCACCGGAGCGCCGGGGAGCUGGCGGAGCUCGCGGCGCAGCUGAGGGAGGCGCUGGACCUGGCGCGGCGGGCCGCCGCCGCGCCGCGGUGGAACGUGUACCGCACCGCGCAGCUGGCGCGGCGGAUGGAGGCGGCCGACCGCGCCAUCGCGCGGUGGCUGUCGCGCCACGCGCCCGCGCACGUGCUCGACGGGGUGCGCCGCCUCCGUGACGAGGCCGACGCGCGCAUCGGCCGCCUCGAGCGCCGCGUCGAGGAGGUCGCGGCGGCGCAGGCGCAGGCGCACCUGCCGCCCGCCAUGUCCCUCCCCUGCGCGCCGCCGCCGCCGCCGCCACCGCCCAAGGCCAUGGCGAUGAUGCCCAUGGACACCCUUCCCUCCAAAGCCAUGGCGAUGGGGCUGGAAGCUCCACCGCCCAAGGGCAUGCCAAUGGAGAUGGAGGUGGAAGAGGACGACGGCGUGGUCGGCAGCGGCGUCAGGGUGGGGAAAGAGAAGGUGAAGGAGAUGGUGAUGAGCGGCGGCGGCGGGUGGGAGGCCGUCGGAAUCUGCGGCAUGGGCGGCAGCGGCAAGACGACGCUCGCCAUGGAGAUCUUCAAGGAUCACAAAGUCCGAGGCUACUUCAACGAUAGGGUCUUCUUUGAGACUGUCUCGCAGUCUGCAAAUUUGGACACUAUCAAGAUGAAGCUCUGGGAGCAGAUAAGCGGAAACCUUGUGCUUGGCGCGUACAACCAGAUCCCGGAAUGGCAACUCAAGUUAGGUCCAAGGGACAGAGGACCUGUCCUUGUUAUCCUUGAUGAUGUCUGGUCUCUCUCACAGCUGGAGGAGCUCAUCUUCAAGUUCCCUGGGUGCAAGACUCUUGUUGUAUCAAGGUUCAAGUUCCCCUCGUUGGUCACCCGGACUUAUGAUAUGGAGUUGCUUGAUGAGGAGGCUGCUUUUUCUGUCUUCUGCCGUGCUGCCUUCGAUCAGGAGACCGUCCCUCAGACUGCUGACAAGAAAUUGGUUAGGCAGGUUGCUGCAGAGUGCAGAGGCCUUCCUCUAGCCCUGAAGGUUAUCGGUGCAUCAUUACGAGAUCAGCCUCCUAAGAUAUGGUUGAGUGCAAAGAACCGGUUGUCGCGAGGAGAGGCUAUAUCCGACUGUCAUGAGACCAAACUCAUGGAGAGAAUGGCUGCAAGCAUCGAGUGCUUGUCAGAAAAGGUUAGGGAAUGUUUCCUUGAUCUGGGUUGCUUUCCAGAGGAUAAGAAGAUCCCACUAGAUGUGUUGAUCAAUAUAUGGAUGGAGAUUCAUGAUCUUGAUGAGCCAGACGCCUUCGCCAUCUUGGUUGAGCUAUCAAACAAGAAUCUUCUUACCCUAGUUAAUGAUGCACAGAACAAAGCUGGCGAUUUGUACAGCAGUUACCAUGACUUCUCGGUUACACAACAUGAUGUCUUGAGGGAUCUAGCGCUUCACAUGAGUGGCCGUGAUGCUCUGAACAACCGGAGGCAGCUGGUGAUGCCGAGAAGAGAAGAAUCACUACCGAAGGAUUGGCAGAGGAAUAAGGGCAUUCCGUUCGAAGCUCAGAUAGUUUCCAUCCAUACAGGUGAGAUGAAAGAAUCUGACUGGUUCCAGAUGAGCUUCCCCAAAGCUGAAGUGCUUAUCCUCAACUUCGCCUCAACUGUAUACUACCUCCCACCGUUCAUUGCAACCAUGCAGAACUUGAAAGCCCUGGUGCUGAUCAACUACGGCACCGUCAGCGCAACCCUUGAUAACCUAUCAGCCUUCACCACUCUCAAUGACCUGAGGAGCCUCUGGCUUGAGAAGAUUACCCUCCCACCGCUACCGAAAACCACGAUCCCACUGAAGAACCUGCGCAAGAUCUCCCUUGUUCUUUGUGAGCUGACCAACAGUCUAAGAGGAUCAAAGAUGGAUCUCUCGAUGACGUUCCCGCGCCUAUCCAACCUCACCAUUGACCACUGCGUAGAUCUGAAGGAGCUACCAUCUAGUGUAUGUGAAAUCACUUCACUAGAGAGCAUCUCCAUCUCAAACUGCCAUGACCUCACAGAGCUUCCACAUGAGCUGGGAAAGCUGCAUUGCUUGAGCAUCCUGAGGGUGUAUGCCUGCCCGGCUCUGUGGAGGCUCCCGCCUUCGGUAUGCAGCCUGAAGAGACUGAAAUACCUCGACAUCUCGCAGUGCGUGAACCUGACAGACCUCCCAGAAGAGCUUGGUCACCUGACAAGCCUGGAGAAGAUCGACAUGCGAGAAUGCUCGCGCCUGAGGAGCCUUCCAAGGUCAUCCUCGUCACUCAAGUCCCUUGGGCACGUCGUGUGCGACGAGGAGACGGCAUUGCUGUGGAGGGAAGCUGAGCAGGUCAUCCCAGACCUCCGGGUACAAGUAGCAGAGGAGUGUUAUAACCUGGACUGGCUUGUAGACUGAUGUCCUGGAUGCUUCUGGCUCCAAACUCACCUUGUACAGAUGAUGUGUAUAUUUUUCCCCCUGUCUAAUACAGGAUAGAGGAACAAUCCACUGUGCAAUUUUGACAUGUUCAGUGUUCAUGCAACUGACUCUCCAGCAACUACCAAAGCUUGUUGACGAAA